ACCAUUCAGAUUUCCCCCAAUCACCACCGUCCAAUCCCCCCGAAUCUCGAGGCCUCACCCUUUAUAAAACCGCACUCAUCAUUUCGUCUCCUCCUCACACUUUUCCAGAUCUUUCGUUUCCGUUCCGUUCAAACAGUUCCUUUUUUCUCACACACUUCCUUUGUUCGUCACCGCAGUUUCAAUCUCAGAUCCAACAUUGUUCAAUCCAAAUUCAACGCAUUCCAUGGCGAAUCCUGCAUCCGCAAGAUUCUCCGCUCUUCUUCUUCUCGUUUCUUUGCUAGUCAACAUCGCCGCCGAAUCGCCGGCUCCGGCUCCGACUCCGAAGCCGGAUUUGCCUCCGUCGUCUUCUCCUCCUUCUCCUACUUCUGCUCCUGCUUCGAACCCUUCCCCGGCCAAUUCGCCGCCAUCUCCAACUCCGGAGCCUUCUCAUCACUCGCCGCCGGCUCCUUCGCCCGGUACCAAUCCUUCUCCGUCUCCGGCUCCUGCUCCGGCGGAUGACGCACAUGACGGAGUUAACCACGCCGGAAUGGGCGGCGUCGACGAAAAAUCGUCCUCCUCCGGUGGAAUGAGUUCCGGCAAGAAAGCGGGAAUAGCGUUGGGAGUUAUCAUCGGUGCCGGAGUGGUUGUGUUGGGAGCGCUGGUGUACAAGAGGCGCCGCCAGAACAUACAACGGUCUCAGUACGGAUACGCAGCGAGGAGAGAACUUCUGUAGGUCAUAAACAUUCAGUAAUGUUCUAGUUUUUCUCUUUUUGGUUUUUAAUUUCAAUUGCAUUAUAAAGUAUUCGUGAUAUCUGAAUUUCAAUUUCAAAAUUCAUUUUACAAAUUACUACAAUUUGUUUUGUUCCUCCUAGCUAGUAGCAAAAUAUAGGUUGUGCAAAAAUUAUCCAUUCGUGUAUUGAAUUUUGGCUAUCUUUGUCCAGGGAUUCCUUUAUCAUUC